GCGUAUUCUGUGCUCCAUUUUUCUCUUCCAACCUUUCAAUCUCUCCUCAUUUUGAUGAUGGCAGCACUCCGUAUUCUUCCUCCGGGUUCACCGCGAACACUUCUCGCCUUCUCCAAUUUCUGCCACGGAAUCUCUGCCAGCGGUUGGGCAGCAGCCGUCGUGCUCAUCUUCCUCUUGUGGAAGCUCCUCUUCCCCCAACGCCGACCUCCCGUCUAUGGAGCUACGUGGGCUUCGUCGACCUCCAUGAGGACUAAGAUUUGUAUGCUCAUAACUGAUGCCGAUCUGAGAGAUUUGAAGCUUAAUCUUGGCGGAAGGCUCGGCGGGAAUGAGAUCUGGGAGGACGUGAUCGACAAAAGAAGUGAUCUUGUGUCCUACAAAGCGAAGUUCUGCCGGCCAAAAAAUGGGCCGCUGAAGUAUUUUAGUGUUGCAACGUUUGAGAAAUGUUCAACAGAGCUUCUGAGAGAUUUCUACAUGGACAAUCAGUACAGGAAAAAGUGGGACAAGAUUUUGAUCCACCAUGAGUGUCUCCAAGUAGAUGAGCAUAGUGGGACAGAAGUUGGACGUUCCAUAAAGAAGUUCCCUAUCUUGAAACCGAGAGAGUAUAUUUCAGCAUGGCGUAUGUGGGAAGGAAAAGACAAAACCUUUUAUUGCUUCACCAAGAAUUGUGAGCAUCCUCUAGCUCUACGACAGAGUAAAUAUGUACGUGUUGAUUUUGUUAGAUCAGGUUGGCGCAUAAGGAAAGUGCCUGGUAGGAAUUCUUGUGAGAUAACAAUGAUGCAUCAAGAAGAUGCUGGCAUCAACAUUGAGGUUGCAAAAGUUGCAUUUGUCAAUGGAAUAUGGAACUAUGUGAUGAAGAUGAACAGAGCACUCCGUGAAUAUUCCUACUCCAGGCCAAUUCGAUCAACAUCAUGUGCUACCAUUCAGAAACUCAUUAAAAUGGUGCCGCCAGAUUUCGAGAUCAAUGGUGAGACAGACAAAAAGGAAGUUGCUGGGAGAUUAGGCAGAAUGUUUGGGCAAAAGAAGAUGGCUCAUGCUUCCAAGAAGAAAUCAUUGAGCUCUUCAAAGAAUUGGAUCAAGAAUGGGUUUCUGGUUCUUGGUGGUAUCUUCUGUCUAUCACGAGGCCGCUCUGCCAUUUGCUCUCAUCUGGCAGUGGUUUGCAUCUUGAAGAAGUUUAUGAAAUGAAGAGAGGGAAUUAGAUCCUUGUUCAGACUCGAUCAGACCAUUGUCAAUCUUAUUAACAAUGGUGAUAUCCAUAAUGAGGGGAUCCCGUCAUCCAUCAACUUAUUCAAUGAACGUCUUUCGAAAUGAAAUGGUAUCAGUGAGUGAAUAGAGCUUCAUGGUGCAUUGGGAGCAGAGUACAGUUUCCCAUUAAUUCUACGGAAUGAAUAAGCAUUUGCUAGAAAAGAAAAGAAAAGAAAAGAAAAUUUCAAAUUAUUGAAAUUAUUUUUCUAAUUACAUUUUAAAUUACAUGGUAUUAAAC